UCUCUUUCAGCGAUUCUUCGAUCAUCUUCGCCGAUCGCUCCGAACAACGUUUUCGCGUUGUUGUUUCGCUUCUGCGGAGCAGAGAAAGAUGACGAUCGAACGAAUUGUGGUGAAGAGUCCGUGUGGUUUCGUUGCGGCUGCUGGUGCUACUGAUGAAGAAGAUAUGGAGAGUUCGUACUUGAAGAGGCAGGAACAGAAGGACGUCCACGUCGACGAGGGCAGAAGCGAAAGGAGCCCAUGUUUGGGCAAACAUGUUCUGCUGUUUCCACCCACAUCUGAAUCAAUUAGUACCAUAGCUUCUGAACACUUAAAAGUGGGUCGAUUUCAUGAAAUUUAUCACUCCGAGCUCUCACCCAUUUCCCCCGUUCAACUAAAAUCCGUCGGCAUUGUAAUGGUCAGUGACAUAGGGGAGCACCAGGUGUCGCUAAGGUACCCAAGCCUUCAAUCACUUCGCAUGCACUUCAGCGACCAAAACUUUGAGAAGCCAGACGGGAAGAAGAUCCCUGCACUCGACGAGAAGUACGUGAUGGGGUUGGACUUCGCCACCAAAGCGCUUUCCAGGAGCAUCCCAACUGAGGAAUUUGAACAAAAAAAAAGCUCUUGGAGCUUCUGGGUCUCUCCCUCUAAAGAACACAUUCAAGACUAUGAAAAUCCAGCUCUCAUUGAUGCCGCAAGGAGUAUCAUUUCAAAACAGGGUUCUUGCUGGUCUCAGCUCAAGUUCUCAGGGAUGAUGCAGUGGGGCAAACGCCGACAAGUUCGGUUCUUGGGCCGUCAUGAGGAGAAAAAGGUUGAAUCUUUUUCGAAACUGUGUAAGGAAAAAAGUGUCAGUGAUGAACUCAGAGAAGGGACUAAUGAAAAGAAGAGGAAGAAAGGUGAAGAAGAAACGGAGGCUACCAAGGAAGAGUCUUUUGCGGUUAUGAGGAUGACUCGUCAAUGUAAAAAAAAUCAUCAAAAUGUAAGUAGUAGCAGUGGGGUUCCAAAAUCUAAGAAAGCAAAGAAUGACCCCAAGAAGCUGCAACUCGUACUUUACAACAAAAAUAAGCGAAAAAUCUCAAUUGACAGAUGGUCUGCUGAGAGGUAUAACUUGGCAGAGGAGAACAUGUUAAAGGUUAUGAGAGAAAAAGGAGCUGUGUAUGGAAAUCCAAUAUUGAGGCCAGACUUGAGAUCGGAAGCACGAAAAUAUAUUGGUGACACGGGUCUGCUAGAUCAUUUGCUGAAGCACAUGGCUGGAAAAGUCGCACCCGGAGGUGCUGAGAGAUUCCGACGGCGACACAAUGCGGAGGGUGCAAUGGAAUACUGGUUAGAGAGUGCUGAUCUUGUUGAUAUUAGAAGGGAUGCAGGGGUACAAGACCCUUACUGGACUCCUCCCCCUGGAUGGAAGCUCGGGGACAGCACUACGCAAGAUUACGUUACUGGUAGAGAACUCAAAGAGAUCAAAGAAGAAAUCCUCAAGUUGAAAGAAGAUAUGCGUGAGCUAGCAUCUAAGAAGGGCGACGAUACAUUAGCCAUAGUGACUACUCCUAGUUCCUGUUUGUCUACUUUGAAUUCGGAGGACUAUGGUUCCUUGGCUCCUAAGCAGGAGAUUUAUGCGGAAUUGGUGACUAAGAAGGCUAAAAUAGAGGAACAAUUGAAGGAAAUUUCACUGACUUUGAGUGGCAUGGAGGAGCAACUGAGAAUGCUGAAACCAUCAAUAUUAGAAGAACAAAUAAUGUCAGAAUCGGUAACCCCAACGGCAUUUUUGCCUGGACCAACAUCAGUGGCAGAAAACUUUGGAGGAGACACAAGGAAGGAAAAGAAAAGCAACAAGAGCAAAGCAGCAACAAAAUCACAAAUGCAGGAAAUAAGUACAGCGGAGGACAAGGCUGCAAAGAUAGAAAGGCUGAAAAGUGGCUUCCAAAUUUGCAAGCCACAUGGGACCUUUGUAUGGCCAAAUAUAGGUCUGUCUCCCCUCAACUAUGAUGAUCACACUGUGGUCCCAACCCCAACAUCAGCUUCCUCUUCCACCACCUCAGCUCCAAAACUCAUCUCAAAACCCCAGAUUCAGCACUUGUCAUUGCCAUCACCUAACCCUUCUUCCCCUGUAAAACCACUAGCAGAGAGGCGCCCUGUGAGCACUGCUACUUUGUCCCAUGUAACUGGGCCAUUCUCCCCUCGCCUUCCUCCACCAUUAUCCAAAAUCAUCACCACCUUCACUAUUAACCUCAAUGAGACCCCUUUCACCCUAGAGUAGUGCUGGCUAGUUGCUAGCUACAUACCAUAUAUAUUUUAAACAAACCACACCAUUUUGAGUCCCGUGUUGGUAAGAAUAGGUUCAGAAGCCAACUUCAUAAU